UUUUCAACUGUUUCAGUCAAAAUACUGAAGAUGAAGAAGGUUUUCUUUGUGAUAAUUUUUACCAUUUUAGUAUCUUCACCCUCCUGUUUUGCAAAUGAAUAUCAAAAGCUUCAGAAUCUGAAGAAUGUGGAAAUUCUCCGGCGGCCUAAAACUUCAACUGUAAAUAAUCGUAAGCUAACCAAGGGUAGGAUUAGUUCUGCAAGGGAAGCAUCAAUGCAAACGGUGAAUGUGGACGAUUUUGGAGCGAAAGCUGAUGGUCGAACCGAUGAUUCUCAGGCAUUCAAGAAAGCUUGGAGCAAGGCCUGCAGUUCUUCCCAACAAAGCCGUAUUCUAAUCCCCAAUAAGACUUAUUAUAUUAAUCCAAUCAACUUUACAGGUCCAUGUAAAUCUGCUAUUAAACUGGAGAUUCGAGGAACAAUCGAAGCUUUUCCAGACACGUCGUUGUAUGAGAAAAGUCAAAGACGAUGGAUAUUCUUCGAGAAAGUAAGAAACUUUGAAGUUUAUGGUGGUGGAACCAUAAAUGGCAAUGGCCAAGUAUGGUGGAAAAUUUCUUGCAAAGUUAAAAAAAGCCAGCCUUGCAAUGACAAAGGAGCGCCAACGGCAUUGACUUUUUAUAAUUGCACGAAUUUGAGAGUGACCAACUUAAGGAUAAAAAACCCUCAGCAAAUGCAUAUGAAUUUCCAGAGUUGUGAAAAUGUUGAGGCUUCGAAACUUACGUUGACUGCACCAGAAAAGAGCCCCAAUACUGAUGGAAUUCAUGUCACAAAAACAAGAAAUAUCAAUAUUACGAACUCUGUAAUUAAAACAGGUGAUGAUUGUAUCUCAAUAGUGGAUGGAUCGAGAAAAGUUCACGCGACGGGAAUCGUGUGUGGACCAGGUCAUGGAAUCAGCAUUGGAAGUCUAGGUAAAAAUGGUGCCAUGGACCAUGUUUCAAAUGUUUUUGUGAAUGGAGCCACAAUUUCAGGAACUACUAAUGGAGUUAGAAUAAAGACAUGGCAGGGAGGGAGUGGAUACGCGAAGAACAUCGUAUUUGAAAAUGUCUUGAUGCACAAUGUGACUAAUCCCAUAAUUAUCGAUCAAAACUAUUGCGAUCAAGAUAAACCAUGCCAACACCAGAAAUCAGCAGUGCAAGUGAAGAAUGUGGUGUACAAAAAUAUUAGAGGUACGAGUGCUUCGGAGGUGGCUAUGAAAUUUGAUUGCAGCAGGACAGUUCCAUGUAAAGGGAUUGUGUUACAAAAUGUGCAUUUAACAGGCAAAGCAGGUGGAAAUGCUAAAGCUAAAUGCAGAAACCUUAAGUUCGAUCAUAGGGUUUCAUCUAUUUCUCCACGUUGCCCUUUGAUGAAGUAAAAAUUGAUAUGCUUUUAUAAAUUAUCAAUUAUUUACACGAGAUUAGUGAUCUUUGUAGUUAGUUUAAUUUAUUUUACAGGAAUUUAAAUGUCAUUUGCUUUAA